AGACUGGGGAAAAAAUUGAAAGAACUCAGCCUCUAAAUGUGAGUGCAAGUGUAUUUGAUUGUCAAGAUGCUUUGCCCUCACGAGUGAUUAAAAAAAAACGGACGACCGCGAAGUGGGAGUCCGAUUUUUAAUCACGAGUUAAUCUACUCAAUCAAAACUAUAACAAAAUUCUCGAACGUGAUUGGUUAUCACCAGUCCGAUUUGAGCACCAAUGGGACAGAAAUUGCGCCUAAUACAGGCGCCAAUGCGACUAAAUUUUUCACUUUGGCGACCAAAUCCUGAAAAUUAGUCGCCAAAUUGGCGACUAGAACGUUUCAUCACAACCUUACCAAGAGAUAUAGUGAAUUAAAAAGAUUUGCAAAGACAAAUCCGCGGCAAACUUCCUCGUUAAGUUUGUUUCCAAAACGCAGCACAUGCAUCUCGAUCGAUAACUAGACGCCAUCUUGGAUUUAGGUGAGCUUAAACGUUGCAUAUCAUCCAUCCUCGUGUCUACUUUGUAGCAACUUAAAGAUCUUUUCCGUUACUUAAUUUCUAGAACAAUGUCUGAAAAUGGCGACCAACUUUUCUUGAAUUGGCUACCACUUUGAAGAAUUUAGGAGCCAAGUGGCGAUCAGAAAAAAAAAUUAAUUUCACGCCCUGUUUAAUCACUCGUAUGAUUACUGACCGAAUUUGACUCAACUCGGUCCUAUUACCAUUAUUAAUCAGACAGAAUUGGACGACACGAAGUCCUUUUACAAAUUAUAAAAACAACAAUUAAAUGAGAGACAACAGCGCGCGCACAUGACGCGUUCUGUCCACUAACAAAGGCAUGACGUGUUAACUGCCCCUUUAACUGUCCUAUGACACUGUCCAAUUACAAACAUGACGCGAACACUGCCUUAUUAGUGCUCAAAUCGGGCUGGUGAUAACCAAUCACGUUCGAGAAUUUUGAUAUAGUUUAGAUUAGGGUUGUAAUCGGGUAUGGGAGAGGGAAACCUGGUCUAGAGGGGAGUAAGCAAUUCUCCUAGUCACCUGAUGCUACUGAAAUUAACAUAAGCAUAGGCAAGGUUAGACCUGUGCCUCUUGUGCUGACUUUACCUCUAACCCUUUAUCUCACAUGAGUGACCAAGACAGGAUUUCUCCUUACAAUAUCAAUACAAUAUCAAUCAGACAAGUUGUGAGAAUAUUUGUUUUGGAUAUUUUUUCGAUUGAGCAAACCAAAAAAUUCACUACUAUUUGUAUUCCAACAGACUGAAAUUUCCCAAUUUUCGAGAAUUCCACGUUAUUCAGUCGAACAAAGAGAAAGGAGAGGAAGGACGCGCUCAAGCUCUGAGAGAUCUCAUGGCCACAAAAUAUUAGCCUGGAGAUUCUUCAACGCACAGCGUGCGUUUCUCUGAGUUGUGUUCUAUUGAGCACAGUUUUCAUAGUUAUUAAUGAACCAUGCGUUUACUUCUGGGUUUGCCUCAGUGAAGAUAAUAUCCAUAUGAGGGAGGUACACGUCGACAAUUACAAGUAUGAGAAUGAAUCGGCAUUUUUCAUCCAGCUACUGAACAAAACUACUUUUCAGGAGAUCGGUGCAAGAAAGACUGUUACAAUCGAAAAUCCUCUGCUUGACUCGCCGACAGAAGAGGAAGUGGCCAAUGAUGCGAUCCGAGUUGAUGUGAGGCACUCCUAAUCAAGUGCUUUAAAGAAGCUGCAUAACAUCAUCGUUACUCCUAUUGCUGAUCUGAUCGAAGGCAACGAGAUAACAUUCGUUCCUGAGGGGCCAUUUUGCCUUGUACCUUAUCCAGCGUUGCAGGACUCCAACUCAUCAUAUCUAAGUGAAUCUUUCAGAAUUUGUAUGCUUCCCUCUCUGACGACCUUGCAACUAAUUCAUGAUUGUCCAGCUGACUUUCACAUGAAGACUGGUGCAUUGCUUGUCGGCGACCCAUGUUUCAAAGAUAUCCUCUAUCAGGGAAGACGUUUGUUGCAACCUCCAGGAGCAAGGAAAGAAGUGGAGAUGAUCGGACGUAUCCUCAACGUUUUCCCCCUCACUGGAGAAAUAUCAUCAGUGGCGUUAGUUCGCUUUGCAGCGCACGGUAAAUGGAAACUGGAGAAGUUAUCCUGGCGCCAAACACCGCAAGAGAUAACCCUCAGCCGCAAGAGAAAGACUAUCUACUGACGAUGAAAGAUGUCAUGGAAGCUGGGUUGCGAGCACGUCUGGUUGUACUUAGCUGCUGUUACACUGCUCGUGGGGAGGUCAUGGCCGAGGGUGUGGUCUGCAUGGCGCAUUCACUUUUGUAUGCCGGUGCUAGAUCUGUUGUGGUAACCUUGUGGGCGAUUGACGACGAGGAGACCCUGGAGUUCAUUAAUUUCCUUUACGAUGCACUUGCCAAAGGCAAGAAGGCAAGUGAAGCUCUCAAUUAGGCCGUGAAGUUUAUGAAAGAAAUUGAAAAGUUCAAGGAGGUGAUUUACUGGGCACCAUUUGUACUCAUUGGUGAUAACGUCAACCUGGAUUUCAAGGAUAUUUAGAAGUUGCAGUAAGUAAAUACUCUGUUUAUACAUUCUGUUCAAUACAAAGUUACAUUAAAUCAGAAUUACUGCUUAUGUGUGAGCACUGAUACUUUCGUAUCAUUUUCCUUUCAGUUGGGUUACAAAUUUAUUUUUCGCUCCGGCAAAUUGAGAUGCAGUACAACCAAGUAGACACGUUUACGAUGAUAACAUUCUUUUAGGAAACAUGAUAGGAGUAGAACUGCAAAUUUGUUUAGGUAAUCACAUGAUUUUUCUCGUGCAAUUUGGAAUAAAUAAGCACAAGUAAAUUUUUUCAAAGACUAACAAAAUUGCAUGAGCCCGUCCAAGGAACUGUUCAGUCUCUGUCCAAAUCACUUUCGAUGAAAUGGAAUCGUCGUUUCCGAGGUUUAACUAUGUUUGUUUAUAGUUUCGGCGUAGAACCGCUCGAGUUAAGCGUUAAACUGGGUCGGCUCGUAAUAUUCGAUUUCCCUGGCAGCUCCCUUCUCUGAUCACUACUUUUUCCAAACUGACAACCAAAGAGCAAUGCUUUUUACAGUGUUUUCGUUGUUGGAGCUGUUUUUCAGCUGCUGCAAGAUGCCGGACAUUGUUUUGAUCGCAGAUUUUCAGCGUAUCCAAAUGUUGCGAUAUCAAAGGCUCGCAUUUGAUAGGCUAUCUGUGAGCUUCUUUGUUUAAUGACCAAUCAGAAUGUCUGGUUUGUUAUACUUCUUUGCACUGAAUUAACCCUCUUCUGCACUGAAUUACCUGAAAACUGCAUUUAUCUUAACCAAUCAGAACUGAGUAUUUUUUAAAUUUAUAUUAUUAGUUUUAAAACAAUCUAGUUAUGCAAUGCAUCGUUUCAUGUGCUAGAAAAUAUUUCAUGGAAACUCGACUAUCCUCCCUAAACUGAUUCUUUUAUUUUUCAGCCAAGGCAGUGAGCAUUGGAAUCCCAGAGUGUUUUUGGAUACCUACAAACGCUAAUAUUUGGACCAGAAACCAGUAAGCUACCGAUGAAAUCUUUGUAAAGAGUCUUCUUUUCAGAUUCAAAAGUUGACUUUUUGCUUGUCUGAAUUGCUCUUACGAGCUUGAUCUAUGGUAUCCUGCUGAAACUACUGUGUUUUUUUCAUAUGAUGUCUUGAAAUUAUCAUGAGUAGCUACGUAAAAAGUUAUUUUUUUACUCUGAGUAUUACCUAAGAGGAUUAAGGCGUUACGUCUACGUCGAAGUUGAAACGUCUCGAAAUCGUUUCCACAGUUUUUUUUAAAAAGAUUUUUCUCAAUCGGUUUUUGUCUCAUGAAUGAUGUAAAGCUGUAACAGCCCUGUGCGUGUGUGGAGAAUUUCCAUGGAAAUUGGAGAAUAAUCAGUUGUCUGAUUGCUCGAUUAUCUUAGUUUAUGUCAGAUGGAAAUUGUAAUUAAGUUUUAGAGGAUUUGUACCCAGUCACACAUUACGUGCGUGUGUUACAACCUGGAAUAACUCACGAUUUUGAAACCGUCCGUUACAUAUUCAUCUCUUUCUUCAUCUUACUCAAUAAGCACGUGAGUUCUGUCAUUACCCGUUUAGGAUUUGAUUUGCAUUGGAAAAAUCAACCUGCACAAUUUUUCUACAAUAGAAAGGACGUUAUGAAGUCGGUAAGUUAUUCUGACACUUGUGUCUUCGAAACGAAAUAAAAGUCACACAUGAGGCAGCCAGUAAAAGAGAAAAAACUCGCGUGCCCUCAGUCUACUCGUCGCGUUUAAGCAAAACAGCUGCACGCUGGUCGGUUACCGUGCGGAUUCUCUUUGUCUGCGUCUCACAAGCUUUUCAGUUCGCCUUUUUCCUCAGUUGGGGAGAAAACGACUGCUACACAGGGUAGCAAAAAAAUAUUGUCUUGCGCAAGACAUUACCUACUUCUGUUCACGGGCUUUAUAUGCCUUUGUAUUCUUUUUCCUUUACUAGAGAAAGAUAAAGUUUUCUUUGUUUGCUCACGGGGAAGGCCUUAAGGCCUCCCUAUAAUGUCGCAGGAUGC